UCGCAACCUGAUUGCGCUUUUUUUUGGAGCUGUUUUCAAGCUUCCCCUUUCCACAAAAUCUUGCGUAGUAAAUAAUUCGAAACUACCAGUUACAUAAUAAGAAGCUAAAGUGAAAGAAUGGCAGUAGGAGAGGAUACCAUGAUUGUGCCGACCGAGCAGGUUUGUGCUGCUGAUGAAGCCAAAGUGUUGUGUAUCAUCAGAGAUUUGACCAGCACAGAACUUGGUAGAAAAACUUUGAAUCUACCAGAAUCGACUACUGCUAUUGGAUUGGUUGAGGAGGUUGCUAAGGUGUUUCGGUAUGAACUAGAUACCUUUGUGUUGACCUAUGAUUGUGCUGCUGGAGGCGGAGUGGGGGAGGUAUCCAUGGCAAGCUUAGGCGAGCGCCCCCUUAGGGAUAUAUGUUACAAUGGGAAAAGGAACAACUUCAGCAUUGGUGAGAAAGAUGGAACAGCACCCAAAAAAUUGGAUCCAGCAGAUGGAGCUUCGGGUGAUACUGGUCAAGAUGCCAGUGGAUGGGGUGUAUCAAGCGUUGUUGGAAAAGAAUAUAACUACACGUAUGCACCACAGACAUCGUCUUACUAUUACUCAGACUCUUCGUACAGUUGUUCAUUGAUCAAGUCAGAUACAGGCUAUGUGGGUCUUAUAAAUCAAGCCAUGACAUGUUACCUGAAUAGCUUACUGCAGACAGUCUACAUGACGCCUGAAUUUCGUAAUGCCCUGUACAGAUGGGAGUUUGAUGGCCACGAGGAUGAUGCGUCCAAAAGUAUUCCUUAUCAACUACAGGCGUUGUUCUUACAGUUACAAAUGAGCAAAGGCAAAGCUGUAGAGACGACUGGGCUGACAAAGAGCUUUGGCUGGGAUAGUAGUGAAGCUUGGCAGCAACAUGAUGUGCAGGAGCUCUGCAGGGUGAUGUUUGACGCGUUGGAGACCAAAUGGAAGAACACAGACCAGGCAGACCUCAUUAAUAAAUUGUAUCAAGGAAAGAUGAAGGAUUAUGUCAAAUGUUUAGAGUGUGGAUAUGAGAGUGCCAAAACUGAUGUGUAUCUGGACAUCCCUCUUGUGAUUAGACCCUUUGGAUCAGAAAAGGCCCAUGAAAGUGUGGCCGAUGCCCUGAAUGCUUUCAUACAACCGGAGACGUUGGAAGGAAGCAACCAGUAUUUCUGUGAGAAAUGUGACAAAAAGUGUGAUGCACAUAAGGGUCUGAAGUUUGUGAGUUUCCCGUACCUACUGACACUGCAACUGAAGAGAUUUGACUUUGAUUACACGACCAUGCAUCGAAUCAAACUGAAUGACAAGUUGACGUUCCCUCAGGUAUUGAACCUAAACAACCUUAUCCAUGGUCUGGAGUGUAAGACAGAAGAGGACGAUGAGGAGGACCAAGUGAGCGAUGUCCUCAGGAUGAGGGAGGACGAACAUACUGAAGAAGCAAUUGACGAAGGCAUAGACCUCGAAGUGAGUGCAUCAGGCACCACCUCGACAGCCAGCAGUGAGACGUCCAGCAUCUGUGACAGUAGUGAAGCAGCAGCCAAUAACAGGAAUGCCAAGGACCUCAAGACCAGCGGUCCAUAUGUGUAUGAGCUGUUCUCAAUCAUGAUCCAUUCGGGAAGUGCUGCUGGUGGACACUACUAUGCAUACAUCAAGUCAUUCAAGGAUGGUCAGUGGUACAGCUUCAAUGAUCAGCAUGUGACAGCAAUUACUUUUGAUGAUAUCCAAAAGACGUAUGGUGGAUGCAGCUCUGGUAAUCGAGGAUAUUAUUCCUCAACCUACAUGAGCUCCACAAAUGCCUACAUGUUGAUGUACAGGUUGAUAGACAAAGAGAUAAAUGCAGAUUUUAUGCAAGCAGAUGAGUUUCCAGAUCAUAUCAAGGUCGAGUUACGCAAACUGAAAGAAAGAGAAGAAAAUGAGAGAAAACAGAGAGAAAUAGAUCGAUCAACGUGCAAAAUCAAGUUGUUCUGUGAACAUCCCGAGUGGAAGAAACGAAUUGACACAAAGUUUGAGGUGAACAAAGACAUGAUGUUACCUGAAGCUACCGAACAAGCCUAUAAGCAAUUGGGUAUGGAGGGCAUUGUCCCUCUUGAUUGCUGCCGGCUUGUGAAAUAUGAUGAAUUCCAUAACACACUCGAGAAAUCAUUCGAUGACGAGGAGGACAAUUCAAUCGGUGUAAUUCUUGGCGGAGUCAAAUCGACGUAUUCGUUUGACCUUCUGCUGGAGAUCAAGCAACCAGAGAAAAAGUGGCAGACGUACAAACAAGGAGGUGUGACGUGUCGUGUCCAUGUUGUUGACGUCGAGAAUGAUAACAUCUUACCCCCAGUAAAUGUGCGUGCCUACACCACACAGACUGUUGCCGAGUUCCAGAAGCUGAUCGGAGAGAUCCUAGACGUCCCCACAGAAAACAUGCGUUGCGUUCUGGAGAGAGCGGGAGAAGUCCGCUACCUGUCAAGCCUGGGACGCACUCUAAAAGGGGAAGGCUUCAUCAAGAGCAAUAAGGUUUUUAUUGAAUACUCCGGCCAGGAAGACCAAUCCAUCCCAUUCAUCGAUACCCAGUUUCAUCAAAUCCUGGACAGAUAUGAGAACACAAUAACCCUUCAUGUUAACCUGCCCUCCAUUGUAGAAGUCGAAAGUUUUGUUGAACAGAAGAUGGUCUCGGAUGCAAUCAGAGAACGGAUCCAUGAAGAGCAUGAGGUGGUUGGGCCGAGGUUACAAGAGGCCAAGGUAGGGGAGGAGGCAAGCGAGGACACUGGGGGAGACCCUGGGGGUGCUGAUAUAGCCCCACCAGGGUCAGCGACGAAAGCAGACGAGACACCAGAUGACAACGACUAUAACAUGGACACAAAUAGUGCAGGACGGGAAACAGAUAUUGGCGAUUUUGAUAAAAUGCCGGACGAUGCAAAAAAUGUCAUGUUUGAUGAAUGUGUAGAAAUGAGCACAGGACAAUCCCAGGGUUGUUCGGAUAGCCAAAGUGUCUCAGACGCCCUCGAUCGACUCACUCACAAUGAUGGCUUUGAUAGUCAAAACACAACGGACGCUAGCGACUCCAGCUCGCAGACUGAUCAAACUUUGAGAAACACGCAGAGUGAGGAUUCAUUACAUAGUGAAAGUUCAAACUCGAGCUGGCAGAUGAAUCCGAUCGGCGACAGUUCUGCUUCGUCAACGGACGGACGCAUGUAUUCUUCGAUGGACGUUAGUAGCGUUACCAAGCAAGAGCCGGAGAAUUGGGACAAUGAUGAUGAGGCGACAGUUUCGAUGUCCUACUAUGACUUUGAUGAGCAGUAUCGGAAAUAUUUCAAGGCCUACUUGAGGCAGAAUACAUACAAUGAAGACCCUAGGCAGCUGACUGUUUUUGUUGACAAGAGGAUCAGUCUGACUGGCCUGAAGAAGGAACUGGAACAAUAUGUCCAAACGACAUCUGAGAACUUCAAGGUGUUUCGAGUGUAUCCCAACAGUCAAGAGUUUGAGAGUACGAGAUUGUCGGAUAAUCUCAUGUCGUUUGGGGAAGAAAGUUGCCUGAACAUCAAACUUGGGCGUGCGUUAAGAAAAGACGAAUAUAGAGUCAAAGUUUACCAGUUACUUGUCCACGAGCAAGAGCCCAUCAAGUUCCUGAUCGACACCGUGUUCGCCAAGGGUAUGACCGUCCUCGAGUCGAAGAAACUGAUUCUGCUCGAAAUCAAGAAACUGUGUGACCUUGACAUUCCAUUGAACAGGUGUCGUCUGCGUAAAAAGACGUGGAAGAACCCGGGGGAAGUCUACAUCGAUAGCCGGGUCUAUGUCGAUGACGUUCCAAUAUUUGACAACUGGGAAAUCUUUGUCGAGGUCCUCAAUGGCGAGGAAAAGCUGACGAAACCCUCCCACUACGCCAUCUACAUUCGGCGGUGGAGACCAUCCAAGUAUGAACUGGAACCCUUUGAUGAAAUCGUGAUAGAUUCGUCUGCCAUGGAUGAAUUUAAAAACAACUUAAACCUUCUCAGUGGUAUACCUAUAGAUUGCAUCGAAUAUGCCAAGUGUCGUGGAACAUUCCCGUGUGAGUCGUCUCUCCUCGAGAUCCACACCGGCCUGGAGUGGAACCCAUCUUUAUCCAACUCCUAUUUAGUCCCACCUUGUAUCUGUGAUAAUGGCUGCGUAGUUUACUACAGAGACAGUCGAGAAACAUUAAUGGAGCUGAGCGACGAGAGGCGGAGAGAAAUACAACAAGCAGAAAGCAUCAGACUGUCCAAGAGCAACCCAAAGAUCACAUGCUCGCCAAGGAAAGAGAAAGCCUUGAAGAUUUACACAGAUGGCCCGCCAUCUAGCAGCUGAAAAUGGACUAUGACUCGUAUCAGUUGUGUCAAAUAUGCAGUUAAAGAGAAACAGAAGAUGACCACUUAGAUAGAAUCUGUUUUGUUUAUGUGCCAAAAAUAACAAGUUUGGUUCACAUACAUGUAAUGUAGUCUAUAUGUGCAAUGAAGAUUUUGAUGCAGUGCCUGCCUUCAGUGUUGCCUCUAGUUGACCCAUGGUGAGGAAACUUGUAGAGAAGUGCGUGGGCUUUAAAUUGCUGAUGCCAUCGGGCCAAAUUUCACUAGGUGAAGCAUGAUGUUUUUAGUCACAAAUUCAUAAGCAUCUGUUAAAGAUUAUGCCGAACAUUAUAUCAUUAAUGUUUCAGUCACAAAUUGAAAAGUAUCUGUAUCACUGAUGUAUCUGGCCACCUGAUGCAUGGAUGAAGCAUUUCUGAUCUUUGGAGAAUUUCCGUUUUUUUCCUUUUGCAUAUUUUAUUGUAUUCCUGAGGAAAAUCAUGUAUAGUUUUUGUUAUCAUUAGGCAUUUGCUGUGAAAUUAGUUUGCUUGAGUGUGAUAAUCAGACCAGGAAAUAUCGAUUGCAUUAUUUUGCCGCAUUGUCACAGACAAUGACUGGUUUAAUUAUGCUGUGAUUCAUACAUAUUUACCUCAUGUAUUGAUUGUCAAAAUUAGUGCCCUUACACGUAGACUGUUCCAAAAAAGGAAUAAAAUAAUUAAAAAUGCUGAUUGAUAUUAUGACUGGUUUCAUAUUUAUGAGAGUUGUUAUUAGACAUUUGGCACUGUUGAGAUACUGUUAAAGGGGGACUAUAGGCUGGAGCUAGGGUGUCAAAUUGGUAGUACUCAGGUGACUAGGAGUAUGCACAGUUCGACCUGGUGGGUAAAUGGCUCAAGCUGUUCCUACGAUUUCUUAUGAAAUUUGCUAAAAAAACAAUCCAUAAGUAUUAAGCACUGUAAGUUCAUUUAUUUAUGUGUUGUUGGGGUCAUAUUUGUUGCCAGACCCUGUUACCUGAUGGAAUUUUGCCACUGUGUGUUUCUAGCCUCUCGGGUGAGAUAUUUGCUAUUAAGCCUAUAUUAUAGAAUAAUGCUAUUAGUAUUAGUUUUUGACUGCUAAAGUAAAGGGCAGAGUAGCCCAGAUUAAUGCUGUGUCCUCCGAAGUGCAUAAAGGAAAUGAUACCAAAAUAUGGGUUUUGAUUGUCUUGGGUUGAGGUGGUGUUCAGCAUACUUGUACAUUUUCACUGCCGAAAAAAUGACUAUGAUGCAAAAUGAAGGGGUCUGAAUAGAAGGGAACAUGUUGUGUAUGUAUAUUAUGAAUGAAUAAAUAUUUUGAGA